AUGGUUGAUAUUUUUAAUGAUUAUUGUAUACAAUUAAUUAAUAAAUCUACACCAAAACAACAACAACAACAACAGCAACAACGUCGAAAGGAGGAAGAAGAAGAAUAUGAAAUUAAUUUUCAUAUUAAUUCUUUUUUAAUUAUUAUUUAUCCAAAUUUGAAUAUAUUAUUAUGGUUGAUAUUUUCAACAAUAAUUUUAACAACAAAUGCUGCUCUAUGUUCAUAUAAGGUACCAAGUGUCAAUGAUAUUAUUUUUGAUGUACCGCUUGAUGUUGAUUUUAUGGAAAAUAAUACGAAAAAUGAUGGUGAUGGAAGUGUUCGGAAGAUACGUAACGUAAAUAACGUGAAUAACGUAAAUAAUGAUUUCUUCCAACCAUUAAGAAUUCAUCUUCAUUAUGAUAAAAUUAGCAUUGACAAAUUAACAACAAACAUACAAUUAUUUGUAAAUACAUCAUUAUUACCGGAAGCAGUGAAUUACUGGCAAACUGCAUUAGCAGUACGUCCGGCAGCAAUACCAAUACGACUUAAUAGAAAAUGUGUAUCAAAUUUAUAUUAUAUGCGUACUUAUGAGAAACGACAAUCAUGUGUGCUAGGCUGUAAAAAUGAGACAAGUUGUGGUGAAGUGAUCAUUCCAGAUGAACAUUUAUAUCAAUGUCGUUAUUGCACAUCACCAGAAUCUCGAAAUUGUGGUAUUAUUGGACCUCCCGAUGGAAUUGGUAUACCAAAUACUGAUUUUCUCCUUUAUGUUUCAGCGGUACUAUCACAACGUUGUAAAAAUAUUGAUACAGUAGCAUAUGCAGCACAUUGUCAACAAGAAGCUGACCUUGAUAGACCAAUUGCUGGACAUGUUAAUUUAUGUCCAAAUGCGCUUUCAACUGCAUUACACGAUCGUGAAGUAUUACUUUCAACGGUAAAACAUGAAAUUUUACAUGCAUUAGGAUUUUCUGCUGGAUUAUAUGCAUUCUUUCGUGAUGAUAAUGGCAAACCACGAACACAACGAAAUCGUUACAAUAAACCAAUUUCGUUGAAUAAAGAUCGCGGAUACUACAACUGGGACUCGAAUACCAUUCAAACAAUUAUACGGAAUGAUUGGUGGACAGCAGAAGGAAUGAUAUCACAUCCAGUACACAUAAUGGUGACUCCACGUGUACAACAAGAAGCUCGACGACAUUUUAAUUGUUCAGAUUUGGAAGGAGCUGAGUUAGAGAAUCAGGGUGGUGAUGGUACUGCUUUUACACACUGGGAAAAGCGCCUUUUUGAAAAUGAAGCAAUGACGGGUACUCAUACGCAAAAUCCGGUAUACUCUCGGUUGACAUUUGCAUUAUUAGAGGAUAGUGGGUGGUACAAAGCAAAUUACAGUGCAGCUGAAGAACUUCAUUGGGGUCAUUAUCUUGGUUGUGAGUUUGCAAGAAAAAGCUGUGGUGAAUGGAUCCGAAAUCGACAAGAAAAAGAUCUUUUGUUAGCACCUUUUUGCGACGAAAUUAAACAUGAUGGGAAGCGUUCACUUGCAACAGCACGAUGUACAGCACAACGAGAUUCGUUAGCUUUAUGUAAUUUGAUACCCUACCAAAAUCCGCUUCCAACGGAAUAUCGUAAUUUCGCUUCUUUGAAUGGAGUGAAAAAUAAGGAUGCUAUAUAUUACGGUGGAUCCGUAGAGCUUGCCGAUUAUUGUCCAUAUAACCAGGAGUUUGAAUGGAAGGCACCAAAUUCAUCGCAACGUCGUGAUAGUCGGUGUGAAUUGGAUGGGAAUUUUACACCUAAUCAAGCAAAUUCAAUAUUGGAAGUAUAUGGCAAUCAGUCAAAAUGUUUCGAUUUAGCAACAUUUUGGACUGAGCGAAAAUGUGGUCGUAUUAGGACUUUUCUUCAGUAUAAAGCUGGAUGCUAUCAGUAUGAAUGCAGCGAAGGUCGUUUGAAUAUUGGUUUGUUCAAUGAAAGUUUUUUCUAUCCUUGUUAUUUUACCGGGCAGUAUGUCUACAUUCGAAAGGUCAUAAAUGGUUGGCUACGUGAAGGUGUGAUCAUUUGUCCACCAUGUGAAGAGAUUUGCCAUUCAGAGCAUUUCUCAGUUGAUGACAAAUUCGGUUACUGCCAGGAAACAAACAAAGAUAACAUUCCGGAAUAUGUAGGAGAUUUAUGGUUAGAUGAACCUUGCGCAGCAUCUACUUCUUUUUGUAACUUAAUUUUUUUUCUUUUCAUUUUUCUUAUACAGUUUUCUUAUAAUUUCGGGUAUUCUGCGUGA